AUGCAAGGACUGAGCUAUUGCGAUAUCAACCACCGCUUGCAGAUUCGCCUGUGCUCGGCGAUACCUGGGUGCACUCUUUCGGACGCCAAGAGAUGUUUGUUGUGGAAGGACGGCUUCGCGUCGGCCCAAACGGUCAAAUUGUCCAUCUCUCAUGACUACUUUGCGUUGGGUCGCUUGGCGGACGAGUUGGAAAGCUUUGUGUCUGCCAUGGCCAAUGCCAUGCCGAAAUUGAGUGAGAUCCAUGUGCAGCUGCUUCAGCAUGGAUUUUCCUUUGCUGCCGGUCAUCAUGCGCACAAGGCAGUCGUUCCCGUGGAAUUGUUGGAAUUCUUGCUGCAGAAAUUUCCAAGACUGGAGCGCAUCAAGUUUUGUGAUCUCCAUAUUAUGACUGUGGGCCCAGGUCGAGAACAGCAACAGCAGCAGCAACAACAACGAGAUUCUCUACAGAAACUGGCCAUCGCCUUGGAAUGCCAAUCAUUGCUGGAACACCUCGAACUUCGUCAUUGCUCCUUUUUCCCGGUCUCUUCCUCCCGGGUGGAUCCCCUGCUUACAUCACUCUCCAUUGGUGUACCCACACUGGAAAAGCUGAUUCUUCAAUUUCCUUUCCAAAAUGGUGUCAGCGUUAGUACUACAGCCGUCAACGCCUUGACGGAAGGCUGUACUCGCCUGAGAGAAUUGCACUUUAAGGGUCUUCACACCAUUCCAACUUGCAGCAAGGCAACCCCGCCAUCCAUGCUUUGGAACGGAUGUGCAUCGCUGGAACGUUUGGCAUUGCAUCUACCACCCUUGACGUCACCCGCAAUGUCCGAGGCCAUGGGGACAGAACUAGCGAGCUUGGUGCACAAGGCACCAAAGUUGGUUGCCUUGACCGUCAAUCUGCAUUUACUACAAGCACAAGGGCAACAAUCCACCAAAUGUCACUCCCUCCAGUCCUUUCAAAGCGCAUUGGCGUCGGCUCUUCGACCUACCAAACUGCAAGAGUUGUACAUUUUGUGUCACGACGAAAUAGCAAUUACGCGAGGAGGACAAUCACAACAACUGCCUACACUGCCAGUCUUUUGCAGAGUCUUGCAAGACACACCCACCCUCACGCGUCUUUGCCUACCGCACUGUGGCGAACUCGACGAGUGCGUGGCCUUUUGGCUCGCCGUCAAUCAAAGCGGUAUUCGACAAUUCUUCUUACCGUUGGACGACAACGACGGCAACAGCCAAAACCGAAACAGCGUCGCGAGGUUGGGGGAACUGGGAGAAUUUGUAUCCAGCAAGGACGAUCGGACGCAGCUGUCCAUGAUCUACUACGUCCUGCGGGAAGGAUGUCCCUUGUUUCUUGCAUAA